AUAGCGCUUUGUGUUUCUUGCAAUGGCCAGGACCAAGCAGACCGCCCGUAAAUCCACCGGUGGCAAAGCCCCCCGUAAGCAGCUGGCCACUAAAGCUGCCCGGAAGAGCGCGCCUGCAACUGGGGGAGUGAAGAAGCCUCAUCGUUACCGACCCGGCACCGUGGCCCUGCGAGAGAUCCGCCGCUACCAGAAAUCCACUGAGCUGCUCAUCCGCAAACUGCCCUUCCAGCGCCUGGUGCGUGAAAUCGCCCAGGACUUCAAGACCGACUUGCGCUUCCAGAGCUCGGCCGUUAUGGCCCUGCAGGAGGCCAGCGAAGCCUACUUGGUGGGGCUCUUUGAGGACACCAACCUGUGUGCUAUUCACGCCAAGAGAGUCACCAUCAUGCCUAAGGACAUCCAGUUAGCCCGGCGUAUCCGCGGCGAGAGAGCUUAAAGGCUACUCAGCCCUCUUCCAAAUGACCCAAAGGCUCUUUUAAGAGCCACUAAAGUUACACUUGAAGGAGUUGUAGCACACCUAUAAGUAAGUCUCUAAGAU